AUGGCCUUUCUUUUAGCUCCUAGAAAGCUCAUUCACCGUUUCAUUCUUUUUAAUUCAAUCAUUCAACCUCCUCGUUACUUUUCUUCAUCCUCUUUCAGAAUGCCUACCGGCCCUGUCCCCGUUCCUCCUCAAGCAGCCCCCUCUUGGGACGUAACUGCAGAUCACAUUUUGUCAACCGUCAACAAGUCAAUUGAACAAUCUAAAGCUCUUCUCGAUGACUUUGCAACUCAGGAUUCUCCUACUUGGGACUCAACUCUUAAGCGAUACUUGCAAUUCAAUGCCGAGACAGAUUCUGCAACAACCCCUCUUCUCUUUUUCCAAAACGUAUCCCCCCACAAGGAUCUUCGCGAUGCAUCCACCAAGGCUGAUGAAUUGCUCUCGGCUUAUGAAAUUGAUGCAGCUAUGCGUGUCGAUGUUUACAAGACCUUUUCUAAAGUCUUCCCUCAGCUUGAAAAACUUGGACUAGAUGCCGAAUCAUUGCGUGCUGCAAAAAAGAUUGAAACCCGUUUUAAGCGUGAUGGUUUGGACUUGGAUGAUGCCACACGUGAGAAAAUCACUGCUCUACGCAAGCGUCUUUCAACUCUUUCGAUCCAAUUUGCCAAAAAUAUGGCUGAUGAAGAUGGAUCACUCGAAUUUACUGCCGAGGAACUCACAGGUGUCCCUGAAAGUGUUUUGGAACAGCUCACUAAGACUGAAGAUAACAAGUACAAGAUGACAUUUAAGUACCCAGACGUUUUCCCCGUACUUAAGUAUGCACAGAAUGCCGAUGUGCGUAAGAAAGUUUUCACUGGCUUUGACAAUCGAAACUUGAAUAACGAUGACCUCCUGGCUGAGGGUGUCAAGAUUCGCUCGGAGAUUGCGCCUCUUCUCGGGUAUGAAAACCACUCGGCGUUUGUGCUGGACGACCGCAUGGCGAAAACUCCAGCUAAUGUGUUGUCCUUUUUGGGUGAUUUACACUCGAAACUCAAGCCCAAGGCCCAGCAGGACGUUGACGUUUUGCUCAAGUACAAGGCGCAGGACUAUAAGGAGCGCGAUCUUGACUUUGACGGCAAGUUGUACUCGUGGGAUUUGCGCUUUUAUGCAAACAAGCUUUUGGAAACAGAAUACAAGAUUGAUGCUCAGCAAAUUGCAAAUUACUUCCCCCUCCAAAGCACAGUCGACGAGGUUUUAUCGCUUUAUGAACACGUUUUGCGUCUUAAGUUUUACAAGGUGGCUGACUCUGAUAAGCAGGUCUGGCACGAGGAUGUGCACCAAUUCCACGUCUGGGAUGCCAGCGAGGAUGGCAAGCCUACUGAGUUUUUGGGCUGGUUUUACUUGGAUCUUCACCCUCGGCCCAACAAGUAUGGCCAUGCUGCCAACUUUAACCUGUCUCCAGGAUAUAUUGACGCUAAGUCUGGCGAACGCGUACAUCCAGUGACUGCUCUUGUUUGCAACUUUUCCAAACCCACUGAAAAGAAGCCUUCAUUGUUGAAGCACGAUGAGGUUGUGACUUUGUUCCAUGAAAUGGGUCACGGUAUCCACAACCUGGUUUCCAAGACACGAUACUCAAGAUUCCACGGAACCAGUGUUGAAUGGGACUUUGUGGAGGCUCCCUCUCAAAUGCUCGAAUACUGGCCUUGGAACAAGGCUCAGCUCAAGCAAUUGUCGAAGCACUAUGAAAGCGGAGAACCAUUGAGCGAUUCGCUGAUUGAUUCAUUGAUUCGUACCAAGCAUGUCAACGAUGGUAUCAAUCUCACACGUCAGGUGUUUUUGGCAUCAUUUGACUUGGCUAUUCAUUUGCUCAAGAAGGAUGAACCCAUUGAUCUUGUGGACAAGUGGUACCAACUGCGCACUGAAUACUGUCUCGACACUACAGGCGACUUUAAGUCCCACGCCUUUUCUGCAUUUGGCCACUUGAUGGGCGGCUACGACUCUGGCUACUACGGCUACCUAUGGUCGGAAGUGUUUGCUUGUGAUAUGUACUAUACAAAGUUUAAGGCUGAUCCUCUUAACUCGCAGGCUGGAUACGAGUACAAGACCAAGGUGAUUGGACCUGGCGGCUCACGCGAUGCUAUGGACUCCCUGAAGGACUUUUUGGGCCGUGAGCCCAAUAAUGUUGCCUUUAUGGAGGAGCUCGGCGUUUCCGAGGCUGGCUCUUCUGGCAACAAGUUGUGA